AUGCUCCACGCCUGCUUAGCGGUCCUCCUGGCCAGCCUGGCCGCAACGGCAUCCGCGGCCCCAACCCAACUCGACUCCCGAUCGUCAUGGACUGGACUGUCCUCGCGCGAGUUCACAGAGGAGGGUAACAUGGGCUUCUGGGUCGGACCGGAAAUCUCCAACCGGCUGAAGCUCUACUUUGGCGUGGACAACGUAGCCACAGAAGGCGUCGAUUAUCUCGGCCGAAUGGACACCAACUUAUACCCCGGUGGCGCACCCCCAUUCGGCAUCUAUCUCAUGCAGGUGCUCCUCACCCGCGCGGUGAAGGAGUGCCCCUCUUCCAAAGUCAUUGCGGCCGGAUACAGCCAGGGCGCCGCCGUGCUGCACCGGGCCGUGCAGUACCUCGACGAGGAGAUUCGCGACCGCAUCACCGCCGUCGUGACCUUUGGGGAUACCCAGACUCUUCAGGACGGUGGACGAAUCAUCGGCUACCCGCUGGACCAAACCCUCAUCAUCUGCAACGUGGGCGACGUCAUCUGCACCGGCACCCUCUACGUGUUCCCGAUCCACCUCGAUUACACCAAGAGGGUCCCCGAGGCCGUGCACUGGCUCAUUUGGAAGAUUUUGUCGUCGUACUUUAAUCCGCCCAUCACGCCUUGGUAUUGGUGGGAACAUCCGCCGGCGUGGUGGAAGCCUCCUAGCGAAGGUGAGGAGGGCAGUGGCGAUGGAGACGGCGAGGAAGAAGGCGAGUGUGAUGGGGAAGACAGCGGGGAGGAUAAUAACGAAGAAGAACCCAAUGGCGGGGGAGGAGAUGAGAACGAAGAGGACGAUCGAAACUGGGGCACUAUGCUCCCGCCCUUCAUGUCCAUGUUUCCGUCCAUCCCAGUCGGCGAUCCUGCUCCCACCGUGACAGUCGGCAUCGGCACGGCCCCACCAGACCCGGAUCUAGGCGACGUUCUCUCCGACUACCCGGAACUCUCCACCAUCCUCUCUUCUCACAUUCCGGGCUUCGAGACCGUCAUCCCCGAAGACCCUGCUCCCUACAGUCACCGUGUUCCGGCCCCCGGACCCCGGGUGCGCGUUACCCAGUGA